ACAAGGUCAAGGAAUAAUAAUUGUCAUUACAAUGCCUACUGUAACAAUACGGAUGGUUCUUUCAAUUGUACAUGCAAAAACGGCUACUCAGGAAAUGGAACGGACUGCCAAGAUAUCGACGAAUGUGAUGCAGGUUCUCAUAAUUGCCAUCACAACGCCUACUGCAACAAUACUAACGGUUCUUACAAUUGUGCAUGUAAUAAGGGCUACGCAGGAAAUGGAACAAACUGUCAAGAUAUGGAUGAAUGUGACGCAAGUUUUCAUAAUUGUCAUUACAACGCCUACUGCCACAAUACUGAUGGUUAUUACAAUUGUGCAUGUAAUAAUGGCUACGCAGGAAAUGGAACAAGCUGUGAAGACAUAGAUGAAUGUGAUGCAGGGACUCAUAAUUGUCAUCACAACGCCUACUGCAACAAUACUAACGGUUCUUACAAUUGUUCUUGUAAAAAUGGCUACUGGGGAAAUGGAACAGAUUGCCAAGAUAUUGACGAAUGUACCAAGGGAAUUGACGAUUGUGACUCCAGUGCCACAUGCAGUAACGUUGAUGGUUCAUUUAAUUGCACUUGUAAUUCCGGUUACUCAAGCGACGGAGAAAAUUGCAAAGAUCGCAAUUCAAUGGAUGACGAUGGAACAGAAUGGCGAGAUUUAUAUAGCGUGUUACUUGUGUUAGGCAUAAUCAUGGGAUCUCUCCUUUUGGGUAUUGUUCUAUUUUAUCAUCGUCGCUCAGCGAGAAAGAAGCUAGGCAUGAUCAGCUUCCCUGUUAUACAAAAAUACGAAGAAAAUUCAGCUUUGGAAGAUUUGGAUUUGGCUGAAAUGAAACUAGGAGACAGUAAUCGCAAGUCGUUGCAUGGAAACUCCGAUAACAAUGAAAUGUUGUGA